UCUCGUCUCUCACGCUAUAAAUAACCAAGAAUUAAAACCCUAGCUCAAGCAAGAGCGGGAGGAGCAGCGCAAGGAAACCCUAGCCCGGUCUUCGUUUUCCUCAGAGAUUUUGGUUUUUUGAGUCAUGGAUCCGCAGCCAGAGCCAACAAGUUACAUUUGUGGAGAUUGCGGGGCUGAGAACACGCUGAAGCCGGGCGAUGUGAUCCAGUGCAGGGAGUGCGGGUAUCGUAUUCUCUACAAGAAGCGCACACGCAGAGUUGUUCAAUACGAAGCUCGUUGAGUGACUUUAGAAUGCUGGACCUGGUUGAAGAUAAAGUCUGAGAAAUAUGAGUUUUGUGACUAUUAUACUAUGAAGUCUUUUUGUUUCUCUUGCCAAGUACAGGCAGAACUUGUGGAUGUAUGGCUGUUGGUAUUCUGGAUUAGCAAUGAACAAACUAGUACUGUUGGGUUUUACUUGAGGUUAUAGUAUCUGUGGAUAUAUUUUGUUUGGGAACUGAACUGUUAAUUUUUUAAGUUUUUAAAACCUUUUUACAAGUUUUUAAUA